AUGAGGGCGUCUAAGGCCCUCAAAGGUGGCUUGCAAGAAGUUGCAGACGACCUCGGCGUCAUGCGCAUCAGCACGGGUCAGCAUGAGCAAACUGGCUCUGACUCUCUCCUGACAGCUUCAAUUUUCUUCAAGAUGCAAGAAAUUUACUUCGAUGAUCACAUUGAUGACGCAGAGUAUUCAGGGAAGCUAUACGGUCUUGGACAAACCUUUUCGAUGUCAAAUAGGUUGACUGAUCCCGCAAGAGGAGGGGUUACGAUCGCCGAGAGAGAAGAUAGAGGUUCAGUAAGGGACGCUCACAACCAAACACCUGGACCCAACAAUGGUAGCAGCCAGCAAACACAGCCGACGUCGAUGACGUUGGGUCCUAUGACAGCUGGUAUACAACCUGCCAUGACACCUGGUGGAUAUGGCUCCAUGAACAAUGGACCACAAGCAUACAUGCGGACGAUGGUAGGGGGAGGGCGUUAA